AUGGAUGAUUUUUUACAUGUAGAAUUAGAAAAACAAUUACAAUUUGCCGAAUCUCGUUGUGGUACAUUAAAACAACAAUUGGAUUAUAUAAAACAAUUAUAUAAAUAUGGUAAAUGUUCAAAUUCAAAUAUAUUCGUACAGCCUUCAUUUGAUAAUGGACGCGGUGAUAAUGGAGAUUAUAUUAAAUAUAAAGAACAUACAAAAUGGGAUAAUAAAAAUAUAUGCGUUAAAACAAAUGCUUCUCAAUCGAACACGACAUGUACGAAUUCGAGAAAUAAUCAGGCGGAUUCGAAUGUUAUGUCGAAAGGUUAUCAAAAGCAUAAAAAUCAAAUAAAAUUUUUAAAAGUUAAAAAGAAAAAUAUGAAAAAAAUGAAAAGGAAAAAAAAAAUGGACGACACGUCAUCGUCGAAAUUUAGCAACGUUUCGAGUCAGAGACACAGUCAAAUAUGGCAGGAUCCGGUUGUUGAAAUCUAUAAGAAUUCAGCAUUGAAUGCCGAAUCCGAAAGCGGUUUGGAAAUUAUUUUCAAUAAGAAAAUAAUGAAAGGCGAUGAAGUUUUAUUGGGUUUGAAAAAAAUCAAAUGUCUUAAUAAAAAUUCCGAAUCGUCGAGAGAGAAAAUUUUAUUGGAGGAUACCAAAGUUAAAAAAUGUAAUUCGCACGAUUCUAAAAAAUGUAAAUUAUUCAAAGAUGAAGAAAUACAAACGGACAUGUUUGAUGACGUCACACAUCAACAAAGAGACGUAACGGUCGUUAAUGAUUCGAACGAUGUUAAUGAAAACGAUGUGAAAAACGUUACGGGUAAAGAAAAUUUAAUUAGAAUUGAAAAUAGUUUGUUCGAACCGGUUAAAAGUUAUUGUCAACCGACAAUUUCGUCGAAAAGAAAACAAGUCGGACGCGAUGUUUAUUCAAAUAUAAAUAAUAUUAACGUUCGUAACAUACCUUUUAUUGCUGCCAAAUCGACGACGCCGAGUCAUAACAUCGGUGUUAACAUACAACAAGUAUUAUCUAUAAUAAAAAAAAGACACGUUAAUAUCGAUAAUGCAGCACUUACCUACGAGAAUGGUAUUAACGAUGUACGAUUACCUGGAGUUGUAAAUUCAAAAAGAAAUACUACUACUACUAAUAAUAAUAAUAUUAAUAAUAACGAUAUUGAACCCAUAUCCGAAAUGAGUACGACCAUGACGGGUUCGUCGGAAUCUAAAAAACAAUCACUGGGUCCAUCGAGAUCCAGCAUGUCGCAUUGGAAAAGCGUUAAUGAUUUCACCAAAGAAAAACAAAUAAAUAAUAACGAUAAAGAUAAAAAUAUGGACGAUAAUAAUAAUAAUAAUAAUAAUAUAUGCGAACAAGAAUGGACGUUUAAGGUGGAUAAAUUAAAAAAAGUUUUGGUUUUUCUACAUGAAGAUUUUACAUCAUUAAGCCAAAAUAUAAGUAAAGCGGAUGCAAAAGGAGAAUUGGCUGAUAUUGAAAAAGAAUUGGAAAAAAAAGAAGAAGAAAUAACCGUCGUUAUUAGUUUGUACAAAGAGGUUUUGAACGUUAGAGAUGAUUUUAAAAAAUUACAAGAUAAAUAUAAUUUAUUAACUUACGGUAAACCUCUUUUUCUCGAUGGUCUUAAACAAACGAACAGUGCUCACACACAAAUGACUACACUAUUAAGAAAAAUACAAAGUUUUCAAGAAAGAUUAAAAGGAUGA